CGUGUCGCCUGCCGCGCCCCGCCCCCGCCGCAGUGCCCGGAUGCGGGUGACGCGCGGCCGCCAUCUUCCAGUCCCGGGCAGCCAGCGCCAGUGGGAGCCAGCGCGAGCCGCCGCCGCCGCCGCCUCCGCCAAGCCCUCUGCCCGCUGCCCCCACCAUGUCGGCUACCGCUGCCACCGUCCCGCCCGCCGCCCCGGCCGGCGAGGGUGGCCCCCCUGCACCCCCUCCAAAUCUCACCAGUAACAGGAGACUGCAGCAGACCCAGGCCCAGGUGGAUGAGGUGGUAGACAUCAUGAGGGUGAACGUGGACAAGGUCCUGGAGCGGGACCAGAAGCUGUCUGAGCUGGACGACCGUGCUGACGCCCUCCAGGCCGGGGCCUCCCAGUUUGAAACAAGUGCAGCCAAGCUCAAGCGCAAAUACUGGUGGAAAAACCUCAAGAUGAUGAUAAUCUUGGGAGUGAUUUGCGCCAUCAUCCUCAUCAUCAUCAUCGUUUACUUCAGCACUUAAAUCCCUGAGGAGUCUGCCCUGCCUAAGAAGGGCCUCUCCCCCACCCCCAGCCGUUCCUUCACCUCUCAGCCAUAUCUUUCAGCCCCCUCCCUUGGAUCCGUGUGUAUGUGUGUGUGUGUGUCCGUGUGUGUGCCCCUGUAAAUAGCCAGCUGUUAUUUAUACAUAUAUAAUAUUAUAUAUAUUUGGUCUGUUUGUAGUUUUAUUACUAGAAGAUUUUUUCCGGUUGUCCUUAAGGCCCCUUCCUGAGGUUCCCAUCACCUCUCUCUCACCCUCUGUCCCUUUUCCUCUUUCCCUGGUCAGCCCAAGUCCCUUCAUUUGCAUCUGCUAUGCAAUAGCCCCUCCUCCCUCCCUUGGAUUUAACUGACCCUUCCCUAUCUUCCCUGGACAACUCCUGACCCUCCCAAAACAAAAACCAACCCCACAGAAACAGAACACUCCACGUGUCCAGGCUUCCCUAGGUAGCAUCUCUGUAUCCCUCGGGAGGCUCUGAGACUGGUUCCACUUGGUCCUAAGAAUCCCAAGGUUUUCUGGGAGCUUCCAACAUGUUGAUUAGCAUAUCAUUUACAUACCAAGGUCUUUUUCUGUUUCCUUGCUUUUUGUUCCAUUACUCUUCACUCUGUUUUUUUUUUUCUUUCUUUCUUUUUUGAAGAGUUAGUCUCCAUUGGUCCUCUUAUCACACUUUUAUUUGCACGACAUUACCUGCAGGUGGUGGGGAGCCUGGGCUUUUGGGGAACCAGGCUGCUCUGGACCCCAGAAUUGUCCCUUCCCAGCCCCUCUAGUCUAGUUUGCCUCCCUUACCCCAUUUUCCAAACCUCGUGUACCCUCCUCUCCCUCCCCCCAGCUGGUGUGUAAGUGUUGUGGAGUUUAGUGUAUUAUGAUGGACCAAUAAUUCUGCCACUCGGGGUCUCUCCCUACAUUCCUGCUCCCCAGUUUUCAUGUGGGGCACUCAGCUGACAUUCCCAGGAGGUCUCCCUCCCUCCCAUCUGCCUGAUCUGCUGCCUCCUCUCACCAGGAGAAUUGGGGGCUGACCACAAUCUGAUUCUUUGAGGGGGGGUGGCUCCAGUGUGUGUGUGGGGGUCAUCACUGCCGUGGGGAGGAGUGGGACAAAACAGAAUCCCCCCAAUCCCUCCUGAAAUCUCUGGCCUCGUCCUUGCUAGAGGUUGGACUGAAAUCUUUCCUCCCCAAUCUGGGGGGUGUUACCCCCCAUCACUGCCCAGCUCCUCUGACUGCCCCCUGUAUUCAGGUGGGGGUACUAGUCACUGCCAAUAUGUGUAUGGGACUUGCUGGAGAAUGGGGAUCCCCAUCCUUCUCCAGGGUUGUUGAGCCGAGAGAGAGAGAGAGAGAGAGAGAGAGAGAGAGAGAACAAGCUAUUCCCUUGUUGGGUGAAACGAUAAGAGGAAGGAUCUAAUCUUUUAAAAUGGCACAGUUUUAGGGGUCUGAGGGUACAGCCCCUUAACCUGCCACUGGGGGUACCCUCAAACUCUCCCUCCCUACACCAGGUUUUCUGUAUGGAGGGGAACCAAGGAGAUCUAAACUGUGGUGUGAAAGGGUAGGAGAGAUGCUGGGGGUGGGGGUGCUUGUGUUUUAGACCCCCAAUAUUAUCCCAGUGUCCCCUGCCUUCCUUCUUCCCCUACCCCAUACCCCCAAUUCUGUGGCGCAUCCAGAUUGUGAAAAUGUACAAUAAACGUGUAAUGAGUAACCA